AUGACACANGCCUUGACUUCCUCCGCUGCCAUACCCACAUCGACCACGGCCGCUACCCCUUCAUCAGUAAACACUACCGGUACCGCCGCGACACCCGCUCUACCAUCGCGACCCGAGUCGCUCAACUCUGUUGUUGAUCGCACCGCCUCCAACUUCGCCGGCGCUCAGCCCUAUCAAUCCUCGUCUUACGGCUACGGUGGUGGCGCCAUGUCCUCACCUUACUCGCGCUACGGAUCUGGUUAUGGCGGAGGCAUGUACGGAGGCGGCAUGUAUGGAGGAGGAGGAGGCAUGUACGGUGCAAGUCCCUAUGGCGGUAUGGGAGGCAUGGGCGGCAUGGGCGGCAUGUACGGCAAUGGCUACGGUGGCAUGGGAGGCCCCAUGGGCGGUCCCAAUGGCCAGAGCCUGACACAGACGUUCAGUCAGAGCACACAAACCACCUUCCAGCUCAUCGAGAGCAUUGUUGGUGCCUUUGGUGGCUUUGCUCAGAUGCUCGAGAGCACAUAUAUGGCCACCCACUCGAGUUUCUUUGGUACGUCUCGUACUACUAUCAAUGCUGCUUUCUUACUAAUGACCUUCUANGCGAUGGUCUCAGUAGCCGAACAGUUUGGUAACCUACGGCAAACCCUAGGCCAGGUCCUAGGCAUCUUCACCAUCAUUCGGUGGAUACGCACAGCCAUGGCGAAACUGACCGGACGCCCGCUCCCAGCAAACAGUACCGACCUCACUCCCGCCAACUUCGCGAGCUUUAAUGGUCGUCUNCCUGACGGCUCUCCUGCACCUCCCCGCGCCAGCAAGAAGCCCUUCGUCAUGUUCAUCGUCGCAGUCUUCGGUCUACCCUACCUCAUGGGCAAGCUCAUCCGCGCCCUAGCCCGCAGCCAAGAAGAAGAAGAGCAGCGCCGCCUUCAAGCAGAAGGCCCCCAACAACCUCUCGAUCCUUCCAAACUCGACUUCUGUCGCGUCCUCUACGACUUCAACCCCGAAGCCAACGCAAACGCCGUGCAAGGCGUUGACCUCGCAGUAGCCAAGGGCGAUCUUGUCGCUGUCUUGAGCAAGACAGACCCCCUCGGUAACCCCUCAGAGUGGUGGCAAUGCCGUGCUCGCGAUGGCCGCAAGGGAUAUCUCCCUGCUCCUUACCUCGAAACCAUUCAACGCCGUCCUCAAGGUCAAAUCACCAGCGGAACCAGCCCUACCGGCAGCCGCGCACAAACAAUGACAACCACCAGCGCCGACAGCCGGUCGAACACCAUGGUGGACAGAGAAAAGGAUCUCGUCAAGGCUGCUCCCAGAGAUUUGCCUCCGAACGUGCAAGGCAAAGCCGGCGAUCUCAGCGUUGAAAGCUUCCAGAAGGGUCAAUUCUACUCAUGA